CUGAGACUGAGACACGGCCUGCUGCUGCUUCCCAGAGUGCAGUGAAGCUCUGAGGUGGGGGGGCACCCUGCUGCUCAGAUAUUUAUAGCAGUGCAGGACGAGGAUAGCCCUGCAGAGAAACAGGUCACCUGCUGCACCAUAGAGGCCAGCCAGAGCCACGCUGCUGGGACGGAAGGUAAAAACAGGUAAAAACAGGCACCCACUAACUGUUUUCUGGACGAGGCAGCCUAUCUCAGUCUUGGGCAGGAUCAGAGAUAAUUCAGCACAGCACCCCCUGCUGGCCUGGUGGACCUCGUGCAGUGCUGGGCAUGGAUAGUUCGGGGGAGGAAUGGGACGAGGAUGUGGAGACACAGCUUGUGAUUGAGCAGAGCCUGUUGGGCUUCACCAAGCGUGAGGACGGUGGGGGGGCUGCCACCAAGCACAAGAGCGUCCCUGAUGCUACUACGACAACUGACAGGAUCUUCACAGCUAUAAAGACAGGUGAUGUGGAGACACUUGCGGAGCUGUGUGAUCGAUGUGAAGCCUGGGCAGAGACAGACAGUCGAGGGUGGACCCCCCUGCACGAGGCUGCAGUCCAGUCCAGCAGGAACGUCCUGCAGAUCACCUUCUCAGCCACCCAGCAGGGGGCAGGGCAGAGCCGCACGCUUCGGGGGGAGACGCCACUCCUCCUCGCUGUCGAGCGUGGCCUCACAGCCAACGCCACCUUCCUGCUGCAAAACGGCUGUGACCCCAACACCCCCAAUGAGGAGGAGGACUCCCCACUGAUCUCAGCCAUAAAGAACGAUCAGUAUGACACAGCCUCGCUGCUGCUGAGCUUCGGAGCGGAUGUGAACCGGGCGGGGCUGCACCGGAGGACCGCGCUCCACGAGGCCGCACACCUGGGCCGGGAGAACCUGGUUCACCUGCUGCUGCAGUCCGGCGCCCAGCCCGACCCGCCCAGCGCCUACAACAGAACCCCCCUCGGCCUCGCGGCCCAGAACGCACACCUGAACGUGGUACACACACUGCUGCAGAGAGGUGCGCAGGUGAACUCUCAGGCUAUGGACUCGGCCUCUGUACUGUUUGAAGCUGCCGGUUCUGGAAACCCCGACAUCAUCACCCUGCUGCUGGAGUACGGCGCUGACGCCAACAUGCCCAACCGCACCGGCCACCUGCCAAUCCACCGCGCCGCACACCGCGGGCACCAGCUAGCGCUGGAGCGUUUGAUCCCUGUGACGAGACGGGACGCGGUGAAGGAGAGUGGGAUCAGUCCGCUGCAUUCAGCAGCGGACGGCGGCUACCCACAAUGCAUUGAGCUCCUGCUGAACGCCGGCUAUGACGUCAACUACAUGCUACACCCGCGCGUGCGGCGUAACUAUGACGAUGAGCGCAAGUCGGCCCUGUACUUCGCCGUGAGCAGCAGCGACGUGCAGUCCUGCAGGCUGCUCCUGGAGGCGGGCGCGAUGCCCAGCCAGGACCCCGUCACCUGCCUGCAGGUGGCGCUGCACUUGGGCAACUACGAGCUCAUCCACAUGCUGCUGCGCCACGGCGCCAACGUCAACUACUACUCCCGCAUCAACACCACCCACUUCCCCUCCGCCCUGCAGUACGCCAUGAAGGACCAGGUCCUGCUCCGCAUGCUGCUCAACCACGGCUACCACGCCCAGCGCUGCUUCCACUGUCCCUACGGCAACGGCUCCCAUGUGCCCCAGGACUACGAGGGCUGGGGCAACUCCACCAUCAGAGACAUGCUGUUCUGUGAGGUCAUCACUGUUUCCUGGCUGAAGGACUUCGCUGCUCCGGUCGUCCGCAUCCUGCUGGACUACGUUGAUCACGUGACAUUUUGCUCCAAACUGAAAGCCGUCCUUGUAGAUCAGAAGCAGUGGCCCGAGAUCAGUCACAUCCAAGGGAGUGUUCGCAGUCUGAAGCAUCUCUGUCGGCUGAGGAUCCGGGACUGCUUGGGCCGGCGGCGGUUCAGAGCUCCUGUGUUCAUCAGCUUCCUGCCGUUACCCACAAGCCUCAAGGACUACAUCCUGUUCCGCGAGUAUGACCUAUAUGGCCAAGGCAGCGUGGAAUGACCCCGUUGAAAUGACUCUCCAGCUCCUCCUCUCUCCACCUCUCUCUCCUUCAGCAUCUCCCUCUCUCUCCUCCUCUCCACCUGUGUCUCCUCCUCUCCACCUCUCCCUCAGUCCCUCUCCCUCCUGUCUACCUCUUACUCAGUCUCUCUGUUCUUCCCUCCACCUCUCCCUUAGUCUCUAUAUUCUUCCCUCUGACUCUACCUCCUCUCUCACCUCUCUA